UAUAUCUCCCGCAGGUAUUGACGAAAAUAAAGUCCAUAUAUUACAUUCCAUGCUGCCAUCGAGAGAGCAGUUUGACUCCCUGCCUCCAGGGUUAGGUAGGGCUUAGGGCUAGUUUCAAAUUUGGUGGGGUUGGCUGAAGACUGACUUGACUCCCUCCUUUCCGCACGUAAAAGAGAUCAUCAACCACGCCAACUGCUUCCCUUAGCAAUAGAAACCUCCAAUUGCCAAUUACCGCCGCAAGUCCAACGAAAGCGACCAUGGAGCAACAAUCCACGCUCCCUAUCCAUCCAAAAGGCGACGGCGGCCAGCCCGAGAAAGCCCCUGCUUCCCAACCCCCCACCGAAGGCGCCGCUCCCCCAAGCAAAAGCGCGCUCAAGAAAGCCGCGAAAGAGAGGGAAAAAGCAGAGAAAGCAGCUAAACGUGCUGCUCAGGAACAAGCAGCUGCACAAGCCAGCCAGGCUGCAGACUUCUCGAAACACCUCUACGGAGCUAUCCCAGAUUCUGCCGACCAGGUCCAAGUGAAGAACCUCGUAGAUCUCUCUGAAGAACUCUUCGAAAAGGAAGUCACAGUCGUUGCGCGUGUGGACAAUGCCCGGGUACAGAGCGCGAAGCUGGCGUUCCUGAUGCUGCGGCAACAGGGUAAAAAGGUACAGGCAGUGGUGAGCGCGAGUGACGAAAUAUCGAGACCUAUGGUGAAAUGGAUUGGAGGGAUAAAUGUCAACUCCAUCGUUCAAGUCACCGCUGUCGUUAAGAAACCCGAAAUCCCAGUAUCAUCAGCCACAUUGAGUCACCUGGAACUGCAUAUUCGGAAAGCCUACAUGGUUGCCCAAGCGGCGCAAAUGCUGCCUAUGCAGGUCAAGGACGCGGAACGACCGCCACCUGAAUCCGUUACGGAAGAAGUUGACUCAGAAACCCCAUAUGUCACGCUGAAAACUCGCCUUGAUAACCGUGUUCUUGACCUCCAGACCGAAACGAACCAGGCAAUUACCUGGAUUUCUAGCGGUGUUGCCCAAUUAUUUACGGAAUACAUGUUGAAGAGCGGUUCACGAUGGAUUUCUACUCCAAAACUCACUGGGAAUGCGUCUGAAGGUGGUGCUGGAGUGUUCGAAGUGACCUACUUUAAGAAAAAGGCGUAUUUGGCGCAGAGUCCGCAGUUAUAUAAACAGAUGUGCAUUGCAGGAGAUCUGGGCAGUGUUUUUGAAGUUGGUCCUGUGUUUAGAGCUGAGGAAAGCAACACUCAUAGACAUUUAACAGAGUUUAUUGGUCUCGAUUUCGAGAAAACCUUCCAGAGCCAUUACCACGAAGUCUUGGAAUUUGCCGAAGACCUUCUGGUCUUUAUCUUGAGCCAAUUAAAGGAACGCUUCAAAAAGGAAAUUGAAGUAAUCCAGCGCUCGUACCCAAAAGCCGGCGACUUUAAGCUCCCUAAAGAUGGAAAGGCGCUUCGGCUGAAGUACAUGGAGGGUGUGGCACUUUUGAAGGAAGCAGGAGUGGAUGUCACUGAACAAGAAAAAUUUGAGAACGACCUCACCACUGCAAUGGAAAAGCAGCUUGGCCGCAUUAUCCGAGAGAAAUACGAUACAGACUUCUACGUCCUGGACAAGUUCCCCAUGGCUGUCAGACCGUUCUACACGAAACCCUGUCCUGACGACCCCACGUUCUCCAAUUCGUACGAUUUCUUUAUGAGAGGAGAGGAAAUUAUGUCCGGCGCACAGCGAAUUAACGAAGCGAAGGAACUUGAAGCUGCAAUGACGGCCAAAGGUCUUGACCCCAACGGUGAAGGGUUUGAAGACUACAUCGGGGCAUUUAGACAGGGGUGCCCUCCUCAUGCUGGUGGUGGACUUGGCCUGAACCGCAUUGUUAUGUUUUUCCUGGGUCUUCCCAAUAUUCGAUUAGCAACACUAUUUCCUCGUGAUCCUCAGCGUCUCCGCCCAUAAGCAUGAAUGUUUUCUAAUCAAGGUAAGGGGCAGUAGAAGUGGUGGAUGAGAGACAGAUUUUCUCACAUUUAAAUUCAGAUGAAAUAAAGAGAUGACAAAAUUUACAUUUAUAAAUGAUGUUCUUCAGUACCGUGACUACCACGGAAUCAAUGCAUUUGUAACCGUGUCUAUACCAUAGUCUCCAUUCUGUGCUUUCGUUACCUCUAGAGCACUCUGUAAAUUGAAUCUAGAUGCGUAGGUAUGGUGGAGUUGAAUUGCGCUAGAGUGCCGAGGUGGCCCAAGCUCCC